AUGGACAGGGGACAGGCAUCGUCGCUGGUCGGAACUUACCAUGUCAGCGGUCGAGGACGACACGAAGACAAGAUAGAAAGACGAAGAAGACAGAAAGAAGACUCUCGUCUCGUCUCACAUAAGGCGCGAUUCGCUGUUCCUACAACGAACCACGAACUAAUCCUUCCAUCUGGCAGGGAUGUAGUUACGGAAUAUGUAUCCAUAGAUGCGAGGAGGAAGGAGGAGAUACUCUCUGACUCGCUUAAUGCACAUUAUUUAUCAUCGAGAUCAAGUUAUCCGUCCAGCUCGCCCUCCAUGCACGGCGUUGCCUGCCAAGCGGCGCUGCGCUGGAGCAAGGGCUCGUCAGAAGCUGACUGGCCAUCCCAUCCCACCCGAUCCCUGGAGAAACGGGGAAGGGGAAGGACUUGCUCAAGAAGGCGGAGUGUGCCUGACAAGGGCUAUUGGAUGCAUGGAGUAGGGAUCCUGAAAAGCGAAAGCGAAGCCAGCCAGCCUAGGAGCUCCGAGAAGGGGGUUCGCCCGUCCUUUGCUAGGCCAGGCCUGGAAAGGCCGACAUCUCCCGGCACAAUGGUCAAAGAGUUUGUUGCUGUUCUGGGGGUGGAGGGCGUGUUUUGA